AUGUGGUUCCGCUACCUGCUGCACUAUCUGCUCUGCAAUAUGAUGUACUACCUGAGUGCCUCGCCUGCUCCGCUCCGCAAGGCACGUACGGACACGACCCCUGCCAGCCACGGGUCGCUGACGCCGGGCGCGACGAUGCGGUCCGCCGCCUCGACGGUCAGCGGCCGGCAGGGCGCCUCCAAGGCCCAGCGCGCCGAGCAGCUUGUGCAGGCCGCGGCCUCGGGCAACGUCCAGGAGCUGCUGCGGUGCCUGGACGCCGCCCCGGGCGGCCCGGACGCCGUGGGCUGGGCGGGGGUGACCCCGCUGAUGGCCGCGGCGCGCCACGGCCGGGGGGCGGCGCUGGAGCUGCUGCUGGAGGCGCGCGCGGACGUGCUGCGGACGGACGUGCGCGGGCGCACCGCCCUGGACCACGCCUUCCGGAGGCCAGAGACGGAGGAGCACCUGCGGGCCUGGGGCGCCUUCACGGGCAGGGAGCUGCAGAGGCAGGCGACCAGCCUGGCGCGCCGCGUGCUGCGCAUCGAGGAGGAGCGCCGCAGGCUCGAGGCCAAGUGCGCCAAGCUGCCCAGCAAGGAGGUGCGGGAGCGCAUCCUGGCCAGGCGGGGCAGCAUGAGCAUGCCCGACUGGAGCCCGAAGCGCAGCCCCGACGGGAGCCCCCACAUGAGCCCCGAGAUGAGCCCCACCGGGAACCCGGUCGCCUGGCCGCGGGCCCGGCCGCGCGGGGACGCCCCGCUGCUGCUCGCGGAGAUGCCCGAGGGCAGGUCCGGGCCGCGCAGGUCCUUCACCGAGUCCCCCGAGCUGGAGGGGAGCGGAGACCUGGGCCGAGCGCUCGCGGAGCCGGGGCCGCGGAGGUCGCCGGCGGGGACCGCGGAGGCCGGGCAGCUGCCCAGCGCGCUCGCGCGGCGCACGCCGACGGGCUCCCCGCCCGUGAAGCGGGAGAGGCCGCCGGUGCGGAUCACGCUGCCGGUGGAGUCGCGCCACGCGCGGUGACAGGGCCACGCGCCGCGGGGCGCGCGCAGGGCGCGGGGGCGGCGGCCGCGGCUCUCCAAGAGGGAUCCUCGAGAUCCUCCGCCCUCGAACGGCGCGGGCCACCGGCCCACGAGCCGCACCGCCGCGCCAGCGAACCGCGCGCCAGC